AUGGAAAGCCCGCAAUUACACGUCGAUGCCAUCUCGCCCUCGGCCUCGAUUCGUCCUACGAAACGCAAGAGAGUCGCAUUAGCAUGCGAUCACUGCCGAGAGCGCAAAGUCAAGUGCGAUGGAUCCAAGCCCGUAUGCAGCCCCUGCAACAAACGGCGGGAACCUCCCGGUCGCUGCACCUACACGCUCAUUGCUACGGCAGCCAAGCAUCAGAGUGAGCAUGAAUACAUCCUGUCUCUGCAGAAGCAAGUGCACGAGAUGCAUCAGGUUAUUGACCAGCUCCGCCGCAAGACAGAAACGGCUGCUGCCAAUGCUACCCCCAGCCACGAUUCCAGUAGCCCCAGACAUCCGCCUCAAACGGCACUUGUCGGUACAGAUACGAGCCCAGCCAUACCUGCACAGGGUGUAGGUGUGCAGGUUCCCGAAGCAGGCGGACCAAGUCCUGUUAGUGCCAUGGGCGCCACGACUUUACUACAAAGCUCUAAUCUAACUUCUCAAGAGGACGAGUUAUUCGGACAAUCCUCUGUCCACUCGUUGCUCCGGGAAGUAUCUCAUUCUCAUCCUAAUUUUAACCCAGAGAGCCGACAAAGAUCAGCCCCACAUGCAAGUCAGGGUCGGCCUUCGACCUCAUCCUUGUCCAUGUCUACGGCAGCGACGCUGUUGACGGCUGAAUUCGCCCUGCCCCCACGGCGAGUGGCUGAUCAGCUUCUCGAUCACUACUUUGACAAUGUUCAUAUAUUCUAUCCAUGGACGCAUUCCACUAGCUUCCGAAAGCGAUAUGACUCCUUGUGGACAUCGAAUGGCUACCCAGGAGCCCAGACGGGUAAGACGGGUGACAUUGGCUUCUCCGACCUGCCUGAAAAAGAGUCAGCAUCGGCCAUCUUCAGCACCCGCAUGAGGAGUCUGCUGCAGAUAGACAUUAUCGACAAAGGCGAUCUUUCCCACGUGCAAGCGUUGCUGCUCGUAAGCCACUGUGCACUCUCGGGCGAGUAUCCUUUGCGAUGCUACAACAUCAUAGGGCUAGCGUGUCGCGUUGCGGUAGGCCUAGGGUUGUAUAAUGAGAGAUGUGCUGAGCAACGGUCCGCCAUAGAAAACGAAAUCCGUCGGAGAGUAUGGUAUGGGUGCUUACAAAUGGAAAUGACCGUCUGCAUGACCUUGGGAAGACCGCCCGUCCUGCAGAUGACCGAUGAUGUCCUUGCACCAGCAGCUGUCGAUGAUGAAUUCUUAGGCAUCGAUACUGAACGGUGUGUUCAAUCUGAGGGAAUUCUGUCACAGAAUCUAUUUGUCGUAGAGAAUAUACGGCUUGCUAAGAUUCUUGGUAAGAUCCUCGCCUCUAUUUACUGGCAAAGCUCGUCUUCAGAUUUUGGCGCCCUCGUUCGCAUGGAUAAUAUCCUCAGAGACUUCAAGACCUCUUUGGUCCAUGACCUAAGAUGGUGGGGUCGCGAUACAGAGAGGGAAUGCGCGGCUCUCAAUUCCCGAGACCGUAUCCUCAGACGCCAAAGAAAUGUCCUCCACGCUAGAUUUCUGCAUCUCAGGAUCCUACUUUAUAGACCAAGUUUCAGUGCCUUUUGCGCGGCCGCAAAACGCUCCCGCCAAGAGCGUGAGGCGGGCUCUGGUUCGGGCGAGCCUGGAUUUGAGCCCAAUACUUUGCAGACCACUUUCCAGGCCCAAUGCGCCACUACCUGUGUGCAAGCCGCGUUCGAACUGUCUGAGUCUCUAUUCUCUGCAACGCAAAAUAAUGCGACCGGGGCAUGGUGGUUCACUUUGUUUUAUCUCAUGACUUGUGGGGGUAUAAUCAUACUCGCCGAGUGUGCCCAGUGCGCUGAACCAACAGCUACUAAGCACUUUAACCAACACCAACUUCGAGGAAAUCUCGAUGCCACGUGGGAGAACACGACGACGCUACUACGGCUUAUUGGAAAGGAAAAUGCUCGCGCGAGAGGCUGCUUAGAGCACCUCAUUCUCCUAAGGAAUCAUGCACGCUCUGCCAACCCCUCGAUGCGCAACUCUAUAGAAGCAUCCCGUACUGCCUCGCGCAGACCAUCAGUUGGCCCCCAAGAUGUUACUGAUAGAAAUCCUGAGAGCAUGUUUACUACUACAGAUGAUCAUGAGGCCGUACAAGGAGAUCCUAUAGCACCGCUUUUCCAGGAUAACUGGGAUUGGGGUUUCGAUAGUAGUAUGCCCACGUACGGUAGUUUUGGGUUUGAGGAUAAUAGUAUUUUUCUGCCACCGAGUUAG